GAAGAUUUGCCCAUGACUACCGAACUGUAUUUCGUCUGUCAGACCUGUGCUUUUUUUUCUUGAAAUUGACUUGAAAGGAAGAGCAGUCACAGUACUGUUGCUUCACCUCUAAGCACACAACUUGUUCGAGCGAAUGAAGCACAAGGCUGAACGAUCAGUCACAGAGGGUCCACCCAUCGCCACCAUUAGUGGAUGGGAAGAUGGCCAGCAGUUUACAAGAUCCCUCCAAAAGCUAGAUCGCUGGGAAUUGCAAGCAGCCGACGUUUUGACAGUUCAUAUCGGGGACAUUAAUAUACAGCUCGGACAAGACCCUCAUUCGCCACACUUGGGCGGUUAUGUUUGGCUUUCUUCGAUGGUCCUCUGCUCUUACCUUCAAAAUCUCGCACUGUAUCACCGUAGAGAUCGACAUGAACCUGUUAAAUUGGAUGAUACAUCCACCUGGAUCGAGCUUGGCUCUGGAGUUGGCUUGAUGGGGAUCAUGCUUGCAAAACUUGGAGUGCAACGGGUAGUUAUGACAGACAUUGAGGAACUUGUCGACACCAUGAAAUCCAAUGUCAGUUUAAAUGAUAUGGUGUGCAAAGAUUUGGACGGUCGGAUAAUGGCUCAACCCAACGGCAAAGGGGAAAUCGUGGUAGCACCUCUUUUCUGGGGUGACAAAGAGGCUAUCCACAAAACGAAAGAUCGGUAUAAACCAGAUUAUAUCCUAGCUUGCGACUGCAUCUAUUCCGAAGCCAGCGCUAUUGACCUGGUAGAAACAAUGGCCUUGCUGUGUACUCCAUCGACCAUCAUUGUGUGCAUGAGUGAAGUUCGUAACCAAGCUGCGCAAGACGCUUUCAUUCGAGAAGCGGAACGACUCUUCCAUGUAGAAUUAGUUCCUACCGUCAAAUGGCACGGAAAAGUAGCUAAGCAUAUUGCCUUUGAUGAAACUCUCAAUCUGUAUCGCUUAAAAAUACGGUGAAAAUAAAGAAAGAUAUUGUCAACAAGCUAUUUACUUUGACAGUGCAAAACCCA